AUGGCUCAAAUACGCCGCCGCGCCGCCAACGGCGACACAAACGACGGCAAACCCUACCCCGUGCCGAACCCCAUCCUAGAGAAGCUCAACGCCAUUGAAGACGCACCCCGCUCGUGGAACGAGGUCAGCACGGCCCUGGAGGACUUCAAGCCCAACCUCAACACUGACGUGGCCCUUCCACCUUCGCCUCCGCCAGAUUCCAUCCCGAGGCAAGCCCCCGCCGCUUCUCUCCCCGCCAAUGGGAGAACCCCCCAGAGGAGCUUCUCCUCCCACACCCUCGAGGAGCUCGAAUCCAAAAUAUCCCCCAAAAAAAACUCCGAGUCAGUUAACCGAGUCGAUGCGGCCCCCAAGCCCGAGUUAAGACGGUUCCACUUGACCAGUACCGAGCCCUCCACCAACAAGUCGAAAACCAACCCCAACUCGGUUGAAUCGGCGCCCAAAUCCAUAAAGGGCAACAUAUUCAUCCUGAGGGACAGGGAAGAGCGGGCCAAGGAGGGAAAAUCGGGCGGGCUCGCGCGCUGGGACCCGCUGGCCGACUUCUCGGAGAUCUGCCUGUCGGGAGGCGGCGGCGACGCCGCCGUGGUGGUGGUGUACACGACUUCCCUAGGCGGCAUGCGGCAGACCCACGAGGACUGCAUCCGUGUGCGGCAGGUCAUGGAGGCCCACCGGGUGGCUUUCGACGAGCGGGACGUGGCCCUCGACAGCGGCUACCUGGCGGAGCUCCGGGGGCUUCUGGGCGGUGACGUGUUGCUUUCGAGGGUGUUCGUGAAGGGACGGUACCGGGGCAGGGCGGAAGAGGUGGUGGGCCUGAAAGAGACGAGUCGUUUCGCUCGAAUUCUGGCUUGGGCCCAGGUGGAGAGAAGACCUAGGAGAUUGGGCUUCGGGGGUUGUAGUGGGGCCCGGUUUGUGCCGUGCCUGGCGUGCGGGGGAAGCUGCAAAGUUGUUGGGGAGGAUUGA